AUGUUGCAGCCAUCAAAGGCAUUUUUAAACGGCUGGGCAAUAGAUACAGCAGCUCCUGUUGACCUGAACGGCUCAAGCUCAAAUGAUAACUACCACCCCGUAUUCAAGGCGUUCCUCGCGGGCUCAUUCUCGGGAACCUUCAGCACCAUAUUGUUCCAACCGUUGGACCUCGUGAAGACGCGCUUGCAAAAUCCAACACAGCAUGUUGUCGCCGCGACGGUCAACAGCCGUAUGCAGCCCGGAAUGAUAGCGAUCUUCGCGAACAUCGUUCGCCAGGAGCACAUAGCCGGGCUGUGGCGCGGCAUGGUGCCGUCCGUGGCUCGCUGCGUGCCCGGCGUGGGUCUCUACUUCUCCUCGCUCCACUGGCUGAAGUCCAAACUGGGGAAGGAGACCCUGGGGCCCAUGGAGGCAGUCACCCUCGGAGUGCUCGCGCGCACCAUGAGCGGUGUUGCCCUGAUACCCAUAACAGUCAUAAAGACUAGGUACGAGUCGGGAGUUUACAAAUACAACAGCCUGAGCGGGGCCCUGAAGGCGAUUUACAACGGCGAGGGCUUUCGCGGAUUAGUGUGCGGCCUCGGCCCAACACUAGCGAGGGACGCGCCAUUCUCCGGCCUAUAUCUGAUGUUCUACACGCAGACGAAACAGGCAAUUCCCAAAGAUUGGCUCCAAUCGCCGAGUACCGCCAGCCUGGUGCACUUCUCCUGCGGCAUCGUUGCCGGCAUCGCCGCCUCUUUGGCGACAAACCCGGCGGACGUGCUGAAGACCAAGAUGCAACUGUACCCCGAAAAGUUUCCGACUGCCUUCAGCGCGGCCGUGUACGUCCAUCAGACUUAUGGCGUGCAAGGCUACUUCAAAGGCGCCGUUCCCAGAAUGCUGCGCAGGACAUUGAUGGCGGCAAUGGCUUGGACGGUGUUUGAAGAGAUAACUCGAUCUAUUGGUUUAAAA